AUGACCACAUUCCCCCAGGAAGAUGUCUGCACAUAUGCUCCCAUAGACGCACAGAUGGAGCAACAAAGGAACAUUGAAAUGCUGGAGGAGCAGAGCUGCGACUACAAGUCUACAAUAUCUGUGUCACAUUACCCAGAGGACGGAUUCAUCUCCAGACAUCGGCACCAGCGUGUCAAGCUGGACGGAGGAGAGACGAGUGGGGCCGAAGGCCCGGCCGAGGGCCCGGCCUUCGUGCUGCGACACAGAAACCUAAACACCGUCGAACAGACGACAGACGGCACCCGGGAGAAAGCAGACACGCCCAGCUCAGGUGUUCCAACCUGUCCCCUCAGCACAGCAGAGUGCCCCUCACACACUGGGAGGGUCCCAGAGGGCGAUGACGAGAGGAGAAAAAGUGAAGAGGACGACAGAGCAAGAGAAGGGGAGGAGAAGGAGGAAGAGGAGGGGAAGAGCAGUGAUGAAGGGUUCAUGGGGAUGACCCCCCUGCUGCAGGCUCACCACGCCAUGGAGAGGAUGGAGGAGUUUGUACACAAGGUGUGGGAAGGCCGGUGGCGGGUCAUGCCUCACGACGUGCUCCCUGAUUGGUUGAAGGACAACGACUUCCUGCUUCACGGCCACAGGCCGCCCAUGCCUUCUUUCCGCGCCUGCUUCAAGAGCAUCUUCAGAAUCCACACAGAGACGGGAAACAUCUGGACACAUCUGCUAGGCUGUUUGUUAUUCCUCCUCCUGGGCCUGAUGUACAUGUUCCGGCCCAACAUGUCCUUCGUGGCCCCGGUCCAGGAGAAGGUGGUGAUCGGGAUGUUCUUCCUGGGCGCCAUUCUCUGCCUCUCCUUCUCCUGGCUCUUCCACACGGUCUACUGCCACUCCGAGGGCGUCUCCAGGGUCUUCUCCAAGUUGGACUACAGUGGGAUCGCCUUCCUGAUCAUGGGCUCCUUCGUGCCCUGGCUGUAUUACUCCUUCUACUGCUCCCCCCAGCCCCGCUUCAUCUACCUGAUCGUGGUGUGCAUCCUGGGCCUGUCCGCCAUCACCGUGUCCCAGUGCGACUUCUUCGCCACGCCGCAGUACAGGGGGGUCCGAGCAGGAGUGUUUGUGGGCCUGGGUCUCAGCGGCGUGGUCCCCACCCUGCACUUCACCAUCAGCGAGGGUCUGAUCAAAGCCACCACCAUGGGGCAGAUGGGCUGGAUGUUGCUCAUGGCAACGCUCUACAUCACUGGAGCCUGUCUGUACGCAGCCCGCAUCCCAGAGAGGUUCUUCCCCGGGAAGUGUGACAUCUGGUUCCACUCCCACCAGCUGUUCCACAUCCUGGUGGUCGCCGGAGCGUGCGUUCAUUUCCACGGCGUCUCCAACCUGCAGGAGUUCCGUCUCAAGGCAGGGGGGGGGUGCGCUGAGGACGACACUCUCUAACACACACUGACUCAGUCUGACACACACUGACUCAGUCUGACACUCACACAUACACUACGGGGAGCCACUGGUUCUUAUAAUAUGCACAGAAUAACACACACACAUAAAGCUAACAAACACACACACACCCCCCCCUCACCUGAGGACCAGUGUGUGUGCAUACUACACAGGAGGGCCCCCCAGUGGGUGCUAUUAAAACUGACUGACGAGGGUUUUUAUUGUCUUUCUGUCCCUCUGUCUGUCCCCCCCUCCCCCCUCUGGCACUUUGAUUAUAAAUCCUCUCCAGGAUGGGGGGGGGGGGGGGGAGGAGUUAAACCAGUUUUUGAGACUCUGCUCUUUCCAGGAAGUGUCUCUGUCUGUGUGGGGGGGGGCGCGAGGCAUCACAACCUCAAUAAUGCUCCGUUUCUCCUCAGUUUGAGUCUGACCUUUAGGAGUGUGAUGCUUUGAUUUGAAAAGGAUUCAUAAUUGUGGCUUUUAAAAAAAAAAAAGAAGACAUUUUGGGGGGGGGGGGGUGUUUGCUGAAUCUCGCUUUCUAAGUCAAACUUUUAGAGUACUCGAUAAGAAGAAAGAAAAGAGAUGAGUGUAUUUCUUCUGUGAUUGUGAAGGUUGCAGGGUGACAUGUUGGGGGGGGGGGGGGUAAUCGUCUCUUUUAAAAGUUAAACAAAAAACCUUUUCCAUGUAAAUAAGAUUUCUAAAUUUUGGGUUAUAGAUUUGUAUGAAAUAUGUAUAGAAAAUGCAAAAAAAAAUCUAAUGUGAGGGCAAAAUAAAUGAAUAUGUUAGAUGAGGAGGGGGGGGGUGUUGUAUCUACACUUCCUCUAGCAGUGGGGGGGUCUAUAAUACUGCAGUUGGAGGGAAGUGCUUCAUCAACAUGGUGGAGACACACAACAUCUGCAUAUAGUCUCACAGCAGCUUUAAACAUGCUGCUGUUUGUCUCCGUGGUAACCUACACCUUCUGACCUGACAACCUUAACAUAUAAACGAGGACACAGCGGGGGGGUGGUCCUCUACCCGGUCCUCUCCUCUUUAAACCUGUCCGAUAUCAGAUCAUGGGAACAUUGUUGCUUAAAAACCAAAUCUAAGUCCAACCAUGAUGUAAAAACAGUCCUCUGAUAUGUAGCCAUUUUCUUUGAUCUUGUGAUGUAUAGAUAAAAGAAAUCCAUGUCACCAAAAUCAGUUCAUUCUUUUCUAAUUCAUUGUCAAACAUAUCAUGGAUAACCUGGAGAUAUUUUGUAUAAACACGGCCCCUGAGUCUUAUAUCUAUCAUUCUGUUAAACUGCAGUGUAAUUACAGUUCAGGUCCUUCGGAGACCCCGUCUGAAACACGUUUGGAUUGGGUUGUGUUUUAUUUAUCCGCUGCUGUUUUUGGUAUUAUUUCAAGCUUUAAUUUCUCUUUUUUUCCUUUUCUAUUAUUUAUCAAUGGUUUGUCUCUUUUAGCCAUGUGAGGGGGGCACCAAGGGUCUCUCCCCUCAGAACAGCAGAGGGUCUCCUAAAGCAGGGUCCGCUUCAGAUAUGGAGACUUUGCCUGGAAAAUAAAAUAAUAAAAAAUGUGUUUCCUGCUAAUACCAAAAUCUCGCUCCUGAAGAUGGAAAAACUGAAAUUCUUAGCUAAUCACGAACUCUAUGAUUUAUUUUUAAAAUGUAGGUUUGUACCUUUCUAUUUGAUGGCAGCUUUUUCUGAGCAGGAAUUCAAACACAUUUUGUCAUAUUUCUUCUUUUCUUUUCUUUAUUCUCUAUCUCAUAUUAAUUUAUUUUCUCAUGGGGAGGGCGUUCUGUCUGUUGAAGCACACGUUCCAUUUGUGAUGGGAGUGUUUGGUUGCAAUAGAUCUUUAUAUCUGCUGUAUUGUUCUAAUAAAAGGUUUUUGAAUCUGUCA